ACAGCUACUGUCGCCGUCGCGGCUUCCGGUGCUAGGUAGAGGGAAGGAAGGAGGGAGUCAGGGAGCGGGGCCAGGGGAGCAGCCGCGCCGAAAUCGGCUGGGGGAGCCGGAGGGAGCGGAGCGAGAGCCAAGCGGAACCUGCGGGGGCGGAGGCGGCGGCCACAGCGGCGAAGCUUGAGAACAGGAACAGCUUUCCAUACCAGGGACCCGGUGAAAACCAGACUGCCACCGCCCCCACCUGGGCCCUGCUGUCCUCAGAAAGCAGCUGCUGGGAUCAUGGGCAAUAUCUUUGGGAACCUUCUCAAGAGCCUGAUUGGGAAGAAGGAGAUGCGUAUCCUGAUGGUGGGCCUGGAUGCUGCAGGGAAGACCACCAUCCUGUAUAAGCUGAAACUGGGGGAGAUCGUCACUACCAUCCCCACCAUUGGGUUCAACGUGGAGACAGUGGAGUACAAGAACAUCAGCUUCACAGUUUGGGAUGUUGGUGGCCAGGACAAGAUUCGGCCUCUCUGGAGACACUACUUCCAGAACACCCAAGGGUUGAUAUUUGUGGUCGACAGUAAUGAUCGGGAGCGAGUAAAUGAGGCCCGGGAGGAGCUGAUGAGGAUGCUGGCAGAGGACGAGCUCCGGGAUGCUGUGCUCCUUGUCUUUGCAAACAAACAGGAUUUGCCUAAUGCUAUGAAUGCUGCUGAGAUCACAGACAAGUUGGGCCUGCAUUCCCUGCGUCAUCGCAACUGGUACAUUCAGGCCACCUGUGCCACCAGCGGGGACGGGCUGUAUGAAGGCCUGGACUGGCUGGCCAAUCAGCUCAAAAACAAGAAGUGAGAGCCAGGCAGCCCUAUCCAACCACCCCACCCACCCCUGACAUACCUACUGUCUCCCUGCCCCAGCCCCACCCCUUCCUUCCUGUUGCCAGUGUGGCCAGGGCCCUGGGUAUCAUGUCCGCAUGCCCAACAAGAGCCUUGCCUCUCCUGCCUUCCCUCCUCUCCCCUGUCCAUGACCAGUCCCCAAUUGCUGUCCUGAUGAUGAAUCAUUCCAAUUUACCAGAUUUAAAACAAAAACAAGGUUGUUAAUGGUUUCAUGGGGUGCCCCCCUAAUCCUCUGAGGUUCGGGAGGUGGGGUGGAGUAGUCUCUCUGUUUGCUUCGUUUGGCUCUGGUUGCUGUGCUCUUGGCAUCUGAGUCCCUCUUCCUACAGGCAGGCCCCUCUCCUACUGUCUUCUUUUCCUUCGCCACCGUCUCCCUGUUCUACAUGGAAAUUGCACGGGCCUCUCUGUGUGUGCGUGCAUGUGUGCGCGUGUAUAUACAUGUAUAGAGAGAUAAUAUAUGUGGGGGCCAGAGAGCAGGGUGCAGGGGGUGGAGUGCAGCUCAGGGCUUGGAGCCAGGACACUGCCCACUCUAGCCUGUCACCUGUCCCCUUCAUGUUGGUGAGAUAAAGGGAAAUAGGUGGAGGGAAGGCUGCCCCAGUCUUGCACUGGUUCCUCUCCUCUUUGCAGGCAGGUUUUCCUGACGAUAGGAUAGAUGAUGGGUUUUCACCGCCAUCUUCCUUGUACCCCUCUCUCCACCCUGCUUAGGCCAGGGGUGUGGCAUUUAUCUCUAGAUGACUGUUCCCUAGGAGAUGCCGUUCUUCCCUGCCUUGUUGGUGGGAAGGAGAGAGGAACCCACUCACUCUUACCAGCCCAGUGUUCAACUGAUUCUCCCCCUCAUCCUUAGAUCUGUUCCUCAGGGGCUUGAGGGAGAGAUGGAGACAGCAAGAUCAUGGUGUAUGUUUGGGACCCAGAGUACUAGGGGGAGGGCCUUAGGUUUUCCAACUUCAUCCUCUUUUUUGUUUUUUAGGAGAAAGUGAAGCAUGUUCUAUGCCCACGUUCCCAUCCCCGCCGCAUCCCUCCCAAUCUUCUGACCUUGGGGACUGAGUGGCUUAUCUGUCCUUUGUCAGAAGUUUCCUCACUCUAGUAGUCCUGCUAGCCUGACCAAGGCUGGCUGAGUGGGGAGUGGGGGUGACAUAGCAGACCUCAAAAUCAGUUCCCCUAUUCUUCAGUUCUGUUUUUCUAGAAAGUCCAGGAUGUGCUGAAGGAUGGAAAUUUUCUUUUCUGUUUCCAGACCCUCAGAUCGUCCUGCUGUCCCUCCCACCUCCAUCCCAGCAGCCUUCCCCUGCCCUCUUCACCCACUCGAAUAAGUGCAUAUGGGGGUUAGAGUGGAGAAAACAGACCUCUGAAGUGGUUGUUGGUGCUGGUGGGAUGCAGUGGUCUUCAGGGUCCUCCCCCUAUUACCAUGUAGUUGUUCAAAAGCUGCUGCUACUGCGCCUCUCUGUCUACAGGGGGCGCUUGUCCCUGAGGUCCUGACCUGUGGUUUCUGUGAAGCCGUGGCUUUUCUGUGGGCUCCUGUGUGUGCUGGCUGCGCCCUGAGCUCCAAGACGGCUGCCCAUACCUUUCUGCUAGGUCAGGACCCAGGGCCCCCCACAGCAUGGUUGAGAGAUCCCUUCCCAGAAGGGCUGUCCCAAACCCCACCCAAUGGGGCCAGACUUCCUGCCACCUUUGUCUACAACAGGCAGAUCAAUACCCUUUACCCCACCCCAGACUGAACUGUGAAAGAGAGGUUCCAGGGGUGUCUCCCUCAGUGCCAGUUCCUUAGUGAUGUUUUACUUACCCAAGAUGCAGUGGGUGUGUGCAGGUCUCUUGCUCUCUAGGCCUGUGUGUGUGUGUGUGUGUGUGUGUGGUGGUGGUGGUGGUGGUGGAGGGCGGGUGGGAUGCUGGAGCUUCUAUUUCAUUUUAACAUGUAUUCAUUCCCCUGACCCCACACAUGCUUCCCUCCACACUUUUUUUCCCCCCUCUGUCUCUAUUCCUCAGAUUUCUUUGCUCCUGCUGCCUCUCUACCUGAGCUCUUUCCUUUGCUUUCUAACUCAUUCAGUGCUGUUGCCUGUUUGUCUCCCCAUUCCUUGUUUCUUUCCUACUUAGGAUUCCCCACUCUAUUAUCUUUGUGGUCAGUGAGGACUUUGCCUCUUCUCCCACCUCACUCCUCUGACCCUCCCUAGUUAGAUGCCAGUCCCAAAUAGGUUUUCCUUAUUUCAGGCCCACCCCAACUCGUUUUUGGGGGCUCCAGGGAGGGACCAAGGGGCUAAAGGUGUUAGGAAGCGGCCUUGGAGGUUGCGUUGGUGCUGCUCGAGAUCUGUCCAGCAGGGGGCAGUAAGUGAUCUUUCUAGUGUAUCCCUUGCUGCUAGACCCUUGGCAGGGGUGGACCUUUCUACAUUCCUAUUCACCUACAAGUUCUUUUGGGAUUGGGUGUUUCAUUCCAUUUUUACCCACUCCCGCCCUCACUCUCCUCUGAUAGGUUUAAUUUUAUGCUUUCCUUUGUUGCAGCCUUUCUUCUCCCUGGGGAAUUCUCCCACUUCUCCCCCAAAGUUUGUUUGUGGUGUUAAUAGUGGUAACUGCAGUUCUGAACUGAUUUUUCUCUUCUUUUUUCCUCCUCUGGAAUGUAGACUGUAUAUGUUUAAUAACUCACCUUCUCUCUCCUUGCUCAAAAUGUGGGAUACGCGAUGACUGUGACCCUGGUUGGAAAUUAAACUUGUUUUAUGCA